UAUUACUAGAUGAGCCAACUUCUGGAUUGGAUCCAUAUUCUAGACACCAAGUGUGGUCUCUCCUGAAUGAACGCAAAGCAGGUCGAGUCAUUUUAUUCACCACCCAGUUCAUGGAUGAAGCUGAUAUCCUUUCUGACCGGAAGGCUAUUAUCUCACAUGGGAGGCUGCAGUGUGUUGGUUCAUCCCUGUUCUUGAAGAAAAAAUGGGGCAUUGGCUAUCAUUUAAGGAUACAUACAAAUGAGUUUUGUAACUUUGAGAGAAUAACAUCACUGGUCAAACACCACAUCCCUGCUGCAAAAAAAUCAGGACAACAUGAGAAUGAGCUGAGCUAUACCCUGCCUUUACAAAAUGUGGAUAAGUUUCCAGAUUUGUUCAGUGAUAUGGAUCAUCAGACAAACCUAGGGCUCAUUAAUUAUGGAGUUACCAUGACGACUUUGGAAGAUGUCUUCUUGAGGCUAGAAGGAAAUGAAAAUAUAAAGGAAGAAGAUUAUGGAAUUCUUCAUGGAGGGGAAGUGGCAGGAAAGGAUGAAACGGAACAGGAUCAGCUGUUGCUCUCAGACACGGGAAAGGUGACCGUGAAAGGCACAGAGCUCUGGAGGCAGCAAGUUUAUGCCAUUGCAAGAAUGCACUUUCUAAACCUCAAGAGGGAGACCAAAAUCUGGGGAACCUU